GGUUUCCCAGCGUGCCCGCGAGGAGGGGGUGGCAUGGCGGGCAAGGAUGACACCGGAGUUCGACGAAGAAGUGGUGUUUGAGAAUUCCCCACUGUACCAAUAUCUGCAGGAUUUGGGACACACAGAUUUUGAAGUAUGUUCCUCAGUGUCACAGAAGGCAGAGCAAUGUGCAGCAGCAGAAAGCCAAAGGGAGCAGACUGUGCGUGCUGCCCAGAAGCAAGGCAUCCUGUCAAAACUAGUUGAGUUUUUUAGAAGCUGGUUUCCUUUUCCACAGUAUAAGAAAAAUGAUGACAUACUUCACCGACUGGAUGUUGGAUUUCGAUUUGACACGCUCCGUACCAUCCUGCAACAGGAAGUUCUGCUGCAGGAGGAUGUGGAACUGAUUGAAUUCCUUGACCCCAGUAUCCUGUCUGCAGGGCAGUGUAAGCAACAGGAAAACAGACAGCUUCCAACGCUACGCUCCCUAGCAACUCCUAAUAUUUGGGAUGUCUCGCUGUUCCUUGCCUUUGUAAGUGCACUGCUUAUGUUUCCUUCGUGGUGGAAGGAGUCAUCAUGGCUGCUGUGCGGACCUGUGCUGCUCGUCUAUGCAGUCUUUAGAGCGUGGGGCACGUGGAGGACAGCCAAGCUGCAAAUGUCCCUGAGAAAAUACUGUAUCCAGCUGGAAGAAACAGUGGCCAAUAGCCGGGCCUUUACUAAUCUCGUGAGGAAAGCUCUACGACUCAUUCAGGAGACUGAAGUGAUUUCUAGAGGAUUUACCCUUUUGCUUGACAGGGUCAGUGCCGCUUGCCCAUUUAAUAAAGCUGGACAGCAUCCUAGUCAGCACCUGAUUGGCCUCCGGAAAGCCGUGUAUCGAUCGGUCAGAGCCAACUUCCGAGCUGCAAGACUGGCUACUCUGUACAUGCUGAAAAAUUACCCUCUGAACUCAGAGAGUGACAACGUGACCAGCUACAUCUGUGUGGUCCCCUUUAAGGAGCUGGGUCUGGGACUGAGUGAAGAGCAGGUCUCUGAAGAGGAGGCACACAUUCUGACUGAUGGCUUCAGCUUGCCUGCACUCAAGGUCCUCUUUCAGCUUUGGGUAGGGCAGAGUUCAGAAUUUUUCAGGAGGCUGGCGCUGCUGCUCUCCCCAGCCAACGCGUGCCCCGAGCCCUCGGUGUCCCCGGAGCGGCUGCCUCACCACAUCCUGCGCGAUGUCACCCAGGGCCUACCUCACACCCACGCGGCCUGCUUGGCGGAGCUCAAGAGGAGCUACGAGUUCUACCGCUACUUCGAAACCCAGCACCAGUCGGGCUUGCAGUGGCCAGCCAGGAGCAAGCAGCAGUCCAGAGAGCUGAACAGUCUCCAGACAGCGGUACGCAGCUUGCAGCUGCAUCUCAAGGCCCUGCUCAAUGAGGUAAUAAUUCUUGAGGAUGAACUUGAAAAGCUUGUUAGCACUAAGGAGACACCCGAGUUGACAACAGAAGCCCAUCAGGUUCUGGAACAAAAACUAAAGUUUAUUCAGCCUCAUAUGCAGGCGAGCAACAGCUGCUGGGAAGAAGCCAUUUCUCAGGUGGAAAAAAUGAGUGGAAGAAACCCAAAUAAAAAAGGCAAAAUUGAAGUUUCCUGUGACAACCUACAGCAUACUACAGUACCUUUAACACAGCCUGCCAUAUACAUAGAAAACAAAGAUCCAAUCCCUGAAGAGCAGGAGCUGGAAGCAUAUGUUGAUUAUUCAGAUACAGAUAAUGAAUACAAAAGGGAAGAUUUUUACUGCUUCUCCCAAGAAGAAAGAGAGAGGCAAGAGCGAGAGAGACAGGAAUCUAAGAGGGUGUUACAAGAAUUGAAAUCUGUACUGGGAUUCAAAGCUUCAGAAAUUGAAAGACAGAAGUGGAAACAGCUACUAUUCAGUGAACAUGCUGCAGUGAAACCCUUGUCUCCUGUAGAACCAUUGAAGCUACUAAAUAAUGUGGAAUCACAUAUGAAUUCAGAUACAGAAAAGCAGGACUGCAGCCAAAGUUGUGAUAAAUCUGAAGAAAAAGACUCUAAUCCAGAAGUGAAUGCUGCUGAUAAAUGUAGGACAGAAUAUUUGUAUGAAGAUCCUGAGAUGGAGAAAAACAAAGACAGUAUUACAGAUAAAGUUACAGAUAUUUCUACAGGGGCUGAAGAAAGAAUGUAUUAUCAGUGUGAAGGGGAUGCUGAAGAGCUCAAGCCGAGCAGUGUGGAUGGAGUAGAGGCAUCACAGCCUCCCUCUAAGGAUGCAUUACGUUCAAAAAUCAAGGAUAGGCUGGCCCAGCUCCACAUAUCAACAGAUUUUAACUUCACAUCUGGUCUGGCUGCACAAGUUGCUGCCAGGUCUUUCACUUUUACUACAAUGCAGGAAGAGACUUUUGGAGAUGAUGGAGAGGAGGAGGAGGAAGAGGAAGAAAAGACACAGGAAAAUGAAGACCUUGUGGAGAACUGUGAAAAUGAAGAGAGAGGCUCUGAAAGUAAAGGAAAAGUAUAAGUCUGAGCUGAACUUUAUUAAACUAACAGCAGGCAGUUUGAUGGAAAAAAACUAAGGUGGGGGGUUGAAGCUGAAAAUACUGGAUGGAAAAAAAGGAGACCUAAAUAUAAUACAUCAUGUUCCCUAAGACUGAUACACUAAAUAGGACUUCUAAGUAUAUUGAAAAUUUGCAGGUAAGAGAAGUUUGGGCCGCAUCCAAGAAAUAGAUGGCUGUUCCCUUUUUAAGAUCCUAGUGGUGAGGGUUGGAAUUUACCUUUGUUUUCUGUUUUAUUUAUUUACAUUAUGAUAUAUUGUAGUUUCUGGUUUCUAAAAUGAAGGAAAACCAAUGUUUUGGUUUACAAUAGACUCCAGUUUUUUGCUCUCUGAUUCUUUUGUCAUGGUAUCAAUGUUUGUUCCAACAAAAACUGCCAGGACAUUUCUUUUGGAAGAAUCUGAACAGUUCCCUGUGAUCUUCCUCCACCACUUUUGUUUCACUUCUUGUGUCUGCAGUGUGUUGGCUAAGCCAUGAUAGGCAUUUGUGAGUCUGCAACUAGUGAUGUGGCACCCAGCUAAAAUGUAGAAUUUUAAAUAAAAACUUGGAAGAGAUAGUAUUUGAUGUGUCCUGGGGUAUGGGGCUGAAAUAGUAUAAAGUUAGUCAUGCUUCAUAUUAAGGUUUAUUUAGAAUUUUAUGAAGGGUUAAUAAAUGAUGUCUAUAAGUUGUAAUUCAUGUUAGAGAAAUGUGUUGUAAAUAAAUUCUAGGGAAGGUUAUAAGCACACCAGUGGAAAGUACUAUAUAUAGCUAGAAGCUAUAUAUUGGAUUGACAGAGAUGAGUAGUAAACACCUAUUUAUUAAGCCAGCUAUUAAUUGUUUGUUAACCUUUUGUAAACUGAACCUUAAUGUAAUUGUUUGAUUUGAUAUAAUGAUCAAUUGUACAUUUUUGCUUAUGUCCUGAAGUAAUUUUCUUAAAGGAAAUUAUCUGAGGUUAACAACAUGCAGUGUUUUGUUUGAACACCAUACUUGCUUUUCACUAAUGUUCUUUCACUUUUCCUUAGAUCACAACUUUAACCUGUGGGAUUAAGAAUCCAUGAGAGAACUACAGUUGUGUAUUUUGUUUCUUGUAACUUAGUUAACUGAUUAUGAAGUCUGGAUGUUUGGUGUGAGGUUAUGUGAGUUGCUUUGUUCUCUGUGGUGGUGUUACAAGGAGCAGGAAACUGAUGCUAACCUCACAGAGGAGUUGGUUAAUGGUUUCAUUGCCCUCUUUUCCUUUUGCUCUCUGACACAAAAUGAAGCAAAGCUCCCGUGUCUUUAAUGGCAAAAGCACCACUUCUUCGUGUGGAAUACUCUACUUGGACCCAGAUACACUUCCAGGGCAAAACACUGCAUCAGUUAUUUAGAGUAUUUAUUGGGUUUUGCAGAUUCUAUAGAUUAAAGGGCUUUUUAGAUGCUGGUGGUGCAGAGCAAUAUCUUUCCUAGGAUGGUGUCAUGGAAAGCAGGGAAGGUAAUGCCGAUCAGCAGAUUAGGGUGGAACUCUUGACGGUAUGUCAGAAAACAAGUGUUUUCUUUCAACUCCGUGGCCUGUAUUAGUGAUUUUGCAUGAACACUGUGAAAUAUGUGGACUUUUCCACAGAUGGUAAAGAGGGAAAUACCAAUUGAUAGAGAAGGGAGUAUGACUUGCAGUGUUCUUUCACUAUAUAAUGCCUGUCUUCUCCCUCACACACAGGUUCUGGGAAGAGAACGUGUUGCUGUUUUUCAUUGACCAGUAACACUGUGUUUUGUGUCCUUUAUUUUGUGUAAGUGACUGGAAGCUAAGUGGUUGAUGUCUUAAGGAGGUUGUAGAAAAAAAAUCAGAUGAUUUUCAUAGUGUAUUCAGAUGAUAAGCCUCCUCUUAGUGGUAGAGUAUAUUCUUCUAUAGCUGAAGAUUAGGCUAAGAUGAUGAAACACUUAUUUUCUCUGUGGUAAGCAAUUUUUUUUUACCAAGUCUAGAACAGCUGCUUUGGAUAGAUUGUGUGUGAAGCAUUGUCCAUGCUUCUGAAGAAGUCUUCCUCAUUCUUGACUUGAGAUCCUCACAAAGUGCCCAGAUAUUUUUUGUUCCUAGCUAAUUGUUCUGACAGCCUAAAUGUAUCUUCCAUUAAUAGUUUUCCAGGAACUCAUCCACCAUCAUCUCAUGAUCUGAUGUAUAUCCCAGAAAGGGUACUCUUGACCUUUUUCUAUGGGAUCCAAAUCAUAGUUUACCAUGUGUAUGGCUAUGAUACCAACCUGGAAAUUUGAUCAGAUUUAGGAUAUUAAUUAUCACUGUGCUCACAGUUGCAAAAGAAGUCAGUAGUAGCCUGAGUUUCAUUGGUACUGGAAUCGGUGACAGAUCUCACAUUUCUAAAAGCUGCUAUCUCGUUAUUCCUUUGCUGCAAUCCUUAGUAAAAAUCCUGGAGAAUCUACUUUGGUGGCUCACUUGGGGCUCAGUUUUAUUAUAUGCUGGUCUUGGUAAUGAAACUGGCCUAAAAAGCCCCAUACAUCGUGAGUUGUUCAUUUUCAUCCAGCAGAUAUGUCAACACGGGGUUUUGUGGCCAUGUUAUAAACCAGUUCAUGAGUCCACCCAGGUGAAAAAUUAACCCUUUUUAGGCUUUUUUCCUUGUCACCAUUCUUAUUGUAGCAAUGCAGUAACAGCAGUUACCUCAAAACAUACACAGCACAUACAUACUGCGUUGCUGGCCUGAGACUCGGGAUUGCCCACAUUUACAUUAUUGGCAAAGAUGGUGUAGUGUGAAAUUACAUUGGCAUUAGACAUGGCUGUGAUCAAACGAUGACUUUUUGGAGGAAGUCCUGAUCCUACUUUGAACAAAUAGAUUUUCUACAAGCAGUUUAACUGAUUUCCAUGGUUUACUUAAUGCAGUCUUAGAAGUUGCCCAUAUGAACACCUGGACUCACUUGUUUUCUCUGCCUCUCAUCACCUCUGUAUAAAACAGCUAUCAGGUCAUUUAUUUUGAUCUAUUUAAUAUUCUCCCUGAAGAAAAAUAUUGCUAACAGUGUACAGCACACAAAGCCUGACUUCUCUUGAUUUGAUAACCAAGUUCCAUCUGUGUAUGUCAUACACUCUGUUAUGAUCAAGAUUUCCUCAUAAUUAUGUAAUUUGAAAUAGGUUCCUUCACGAACCUGACAGAUUUCUUGGCAUAAUUUAUUGCUGCCUUUAAAAUAAUGUUUAUGAACACACUGAAGUGUGCAUUAGCUCUAAUGAGUUGUCUUAAUAUAUUGAGCAUGUGAAGGUCUGAGUGUGGUUCUGUGUUCUUUGGCUCAUUACUCGAGAUAGGGAUUUUUGUGAAAACAGAACAUUUGCUUCUUAGAGCUUUGUAACUUUUUGAAACAUUUAGCAGGAAGUCCAUACUAAAUUAUGGGUUAUGACAAAGAAUAUCAGCAGCCAAAAUCGUUUGUGAAGAGCAGAGCUAACAAUAAAUGCAUUUUCCCUAUCCCAUUUCCAAUUAGUAGUUCUAUGAAGUAAAGAAACAAGUAAUUAUAUAGGGUUAAAUAAUUUCUUCUCCUUCUACCUGGAAAGCACUCCAAAGACGAUAUUUGCUUCUUGGAUUGGAUUACAGUUUAACACAUCUUUUUAUAUCACUUCACUUUACAGCUAAAGAUCUAGGUAAAGGCUUAAAUCUAGGCAAAGAUCUGUGAUAAGAAGGUAACUUGUCCCUUUUGUUAAGUGUAUGUAUUCAUGACAGAAAUUAAAUGGUGUCAUGGAAGCAAAUGUAGAGAAUUACAGAUAAUAGAGCAUCUUUCAAAUGCAAUUAAAUGUGCCUCUGUCAACUACAGGCAAGAUUUGCAAAUGUGAAGGCUUCUGCCAUCAGUCAUAGAAAUGAGACAGUUUUACUCCCAGCAGAGGAUUGCUGGACAUCACUGAAUCUUGCACUUAGAUUUCUAAAUGCAAGAUGGAAUCUGGUAGAGUAGCCAGUUUUAACUGGCUUUUUUUUUUUCAGACUUUUUCCCAAGCACACCUGUCUCCAUGUGACUGUUUGUUACAAUAUUGGAAAUUUUUUGUUUAUCAGAAGUGCAAAUUUGCAACUUUCUCAUUAAUUUAUAUGGUGGGCUGUGUGGAGUUGUUUGCCCACACUGAAUUCUGUAAUCUUGUACGUUAUCCCUUUCUUCUUUUUUUCCUUUUUUUUAACAACAAACAAGAGGACAAGUACACUAAACUGCCCUUGACCUUUUAAACUAUUUUGUGAAGGGCAGCUGUAGUUCUGCAAAUGGCUUGUUCCCAGGGCUAAUUGCUUUUUAGAAUUAACAGGUUUCAUACUAUCUCAUCUGAGCAGAGUGUGAGAAUGGCACUUGGUCAGUGUAAAGGGCCAGUCUGCUCUGGGAUCUUGUCUGUGACAGGGACUAAUCAGAUGCUGAGGGAAGACUAUUGUGUAAUGAUACUUCUCCAGGCUAUUCCUCAGCAAUUUGUGGCUCAGGGACUUCUUGACCCAGUGGUGGUAGAUGUCAGCUUAACAGGUUCUGAUGGAAUCCUUCUCCCUAGAUUUGCACAGCCUCAUGUUUGGUCAAUUAUUCGUAGUUCCAGGAUGUGGUCAUCUUUAAAUCAUCAUUACUGUCUUGUACACACGAGAAGAUUUGUCAAUAAACUUCUUUGAUGUUCUACGUUCCUCA